CAAACACUCACAAAUCUCUCAACAUAACCAAAAAAAUAUAUAUAUAUAUAUAUAAUAAUAAUACAUAAAUAAUUAAACCCUAGCUAUAUACAAAGAUGAAGCAAACUCUCAUAUCUUUUUCAUUCAUACUUCUCAUCUUAUCUCACACCACAAUGAGUUUAACUCAUCAAGCUCCAGCUAAAGCCCCAUCUGCCCACAUAGCCGCUACUAAAGGCGCCACCCCAGCCGUGGCGCCUACAAAACCUAAAGUAGCAACACCAACUCCAACAACAACCCCAGCUCGAGCCCCGACCUCAUCAGAAGCACAAGCUCCCUCAGCAGAGCCACUAGUUGAAGCUCCACCGCGAAAAGCCAAACCCGAGCCAACCGAUGUGGUUAAGAUUCUUGACAAAGCCGGAACCUUUAGUGUCUUCACCCGCAUACUCAAAAGCACCCAAGUAAUCGAACAGAUCGAAAACCAACUCAACACUUCCAACAGCAUGACAAUUCUAGCCCCAACUAAUGGCGCUUUCUCCGCUUUAAAACCCGGAACACUCAACUUCCUAAACGCAGAACAAAAGGUACAAUUAGUACAAUACCACAUCUUACCAUCUUUCAUUUCCAUCUCGAGUUUCCAGACUCUCAGUAACCCUGUCCGUACACAAGCUAGUAACACUGACGAGUACCCUUUAAACAUCACAACACAAGGUAAUUGGGUUAACAUAUCAACUGGUGUUGUCAAUACAACUAUUUCUGGCACAAUAUAUGCCGAUAGCCAACUCGCUAUUUAUAAAAUCGACAAGGUUUUGCUUCCCAUGGCCAUUUUCGCUCCCACUAAGCUUCAUAAGGCCCUCGCACCUGCGCCUGCAUUGCUUGCUAAGCCUACAAAAGGCUUAGCAGGUAGCGGUAAAGGGUCAGAUUCGUCAUCUGACCCCUCAUCGUCUACUUCAACAUUGGAUGAUAACCCAGUUUCUUCAAUGCAUGCCUCUAGUGCUUUUCGUAAUGGCAUGGUGGCAACAAUUGGUGUCAUUAAUGUUUUUGGUGCAAUUGCAAUUUUAUUUUGAGAUACUUAAAUAUUGUUGUUGUUUUUACAAGUUCGUUUGUUAUAUUUUGUGGUGAAUUAUUAUUAUGAGUGAUCAUACAUACCAUGUUGUAGGAUUAAUGGUUUGAUGAUUAUGAUUAAUUGAGUGGUUUUUGAAUAAUGUAUAUACGUAUAUUAGCAGUAGAUAUGAGAUUUGUGUUGCUCAUCAUCUUUUGUAGUACCAAUGUUUGAGUCAAUAAUUUAAUUUACACAUUCGUCCGAUA